GCUCUUCAAGAAAUUGAAAACAUAAAUGGACCAAACCGGAAGUUCUACGGUUUUACUGAAUCACGCCGAAUAGUAAAAUUUGGAAAGAAUUAUCGUUGAAUCGACAGAUUAAUUAUGGCUAAAGAACCGAAAGAUGUCGGCGUUUAUUUGACAGAACAGCAGAGGAAGAGUUCAGGCGACUUAGCGACAGAAUGGGGGAAAAUAGAAGAAUUAUACAACAAAAAAUUAUGGCAUCAAUUGACACUCCAACUUCUAACAUUUGUGAAAAAUCCGGUAUUUUCAAAGGGUGAUGGUCUCGUCAAAAUGUACGAAAAUUUCAUAUCAGAUUUCGAACACAGAAUCAAUCAGCAAGCUUUAAUGCAACUUGGCGUUUGUAUCGUAAAACAGAUCACUGAUACAAAACAGGCCAUAGAAUUUCUUGAAAAAAUGAAAGAGAAAUUGAAGGGGAACCCUGAAGCUACCAUCUUAUGCGCGACUACAGUUGGAACAAUAAAACUAAGGAGUAAAGAUUUUGAGGGAACUAAGGCAGUGGUUGAAGAAUGUUCAGCAAUGUUAGAUAAUAUAGAUGGUGUUACAUCAGUCCAUAGUGUUUUCUAUGAGCUUUCAAGUAAUUACUAUAAAUUGAUGGGAAACCAUGCAGAAUAUUAUAAGAAUGCUCUGCGUCUUCUAGGCUGUGUUGAAGUUAAGGAUAUACCUUCAGGAGAACAAACAGAAAGAGCCUAUAAUCUGGGUUUGGCAGCCAUUCUGGGAGAAGGAGUUUAUAAUUUUGGGGAAUUGUUAGCUCAUCCUAUUUUAGAAAAUUUAAAGAAAUCCGAAAGAGCAUGGUUGGUGGAUUUGAUGUACGCAUUUAAUUCUGGAAAUAUAGCCAAAUUUGAUGACCUUAAGAAGCAAUGGCAGGGACAACCUGACUUAGCAGCGAAUGAGUUCCCGAUGAGACAGAAGAUUUCUUUAUUAUGCUUGAUGGAGAUGACGUUCCGUAGACCAGCCACCAACCGACAGCUUAGUUUUAAAGAUAUUUCUUCAAGUGCCAGAAUACCAAUUCCUGAAGUCGAAUUAUUAGUCAUGAAAGCUUUGAGCUUAGGGUUAGUUAAAGGCUCUAUCGAUGAAGUGGAUCAGAAAGUUCACAUGACGUGGGUUCAACCUCGAGUUCUGGAUAAGGAUCAGAUUUCAACGAUGCAAUCUCGACUUGACCAGUGGUGCGAAGAUGUGAAACAAAUGGAAAGACUUGUUGAAGUGCGAGCUCACGAUAUUCUAACAUAAGACAUUUAAAAUUAGAAUUACAUGUAUUUCCAUCAUUUCCUCGUGUCAUUGUUUAUAUUAUUGAUAAUGUUAUCAGUUGGUCAUUACUAGAAUCCGUAAAUAUAUCAUAAAAAUCUUAAAAUUUG